AUGUCUCACUGCAGCAUAAGUUACAUAUCCAAGACUGUAUUUAGCUUUCUAUUGGAUUUGACUUGGGCUUUUAUGGCCUACAAGGUUAGAAAUGCUAGAAUGUAUAUCGACGGCCGAGAAAUCCACACAGAUACCGACAAGAAUAGUCUUCAGAACCAACAAAUUACCCAACUAGCUAAAGAUACGGGGCUCAAGUGGAUCCAGGAAACAGAGUGGAAGGGCGAAGAAAUAGUCUCGGUUCAUGAUCGUGCUUUAUGUAAAGACACAGGAGUUUGGGCUUGA